AUGGAGAGAAGAAAGGUAGUGAUGUGUGGUGUGUUAUCUCUCCUGGGUUUAUUAUCAGCUGCUACUGCCUUCGCUGCUGAAGCUACCAAAAUCAAGAGAUCUCAGAUCAAGUUUACCACUUCGGAUUCACUCACACGGUGCACAUAUUCAAGAAGUCCAGCUUGUAAUCUCGGCUUCCUUUCAGCUGUUUUUCUAUUGAUUGCUCAGAUAGCCGCGAGCGUCGCAAGCGGUUGUUUCUGUUGUAGAAAAGGCCCUGCUCCUUCUAGAUCUAAUUGGGCUGUCUCCUUAAUCUGCUUCGUUGUUUCCUGGUUCACUUUUGUGAUAGCGUUCCUCGUGCUGCUAACUGGAGCUGCACUCAACGAUGAACACAGCGAGGAGACAAUGUAUGCCGGUACCUACUUCUGCUACAUUGUGAAACCUGGCGUUUUCUCGUUCGGCUCUGUGCUUUCAAUUGUUACUGUUGCCCUCGGGAUUGUCUACUAUUUGUGUCUGACUUCGAGUAAGCAAAAUGUUGCUCCCGCAACGACGGCGCACGGAGGAGGGAUAGCAAUGGGGCAGCCUCAGAUUCCGGAGAGAGUAGAAGAUCCUGUCUUUGUUCAUGAAGAUACUUACAUGAGAAGACAGUUCACUUGA